AUGCGCGAUAAGUCAAAUGAGGCUAGGGAUACUACCACAACUCCAACUACAGCUCCCGUACAGGACGAGGCUGGCGCUUCCACACGCGAUGGGGCUGGGGUAGGAUCAAACCCGCAGGCGUCUACGCACAUACUCAUAGUCAACCGAGCCCCACAAGACGAUGAUAUUCCAGGAUGGUGGAAGGAGCACGCCCUUCGGGGCUGGAUCACAGCUACAGCUGAACGGAUGCGGAGUCAUCCAGAUCAGCUUCAGCCAGCUACGCCACAUAGCAGGAAGCGGCUCAAGAAGUUCCCGGACACGCCAACAAAGCGCCUAAAGACCGAGCCGCUACCGCUGCGAUUUUGCACGUUGAGCGUUCGCGGUAUCAACGGAGACAUCACAUUAGUGCAGGUUAAGGACCUGGUGAAGAAAGAAUUCCUUCCAGUUAAUGGAGCUGAAGACCUAAACGAUAAGGACCUCGAGCUGGAGCUUCUUCAUGCGCAACUAGCUAAGGAAGGUGUCUUCGAUAUUGAGAAGCAGCGACUUAUCUAUAUCACUAAGGGGCUAGAUGGAGAUCGGGAUGUUGCGAUUCGUGCGGUAAGGGGCCUUAGGACAGCUGUUGUUACGAUGCGCAAGGCUGGAGAUUCUGUUAUUAGUGGGAUCCAAGUGAGGGACAUUGUGUAG